AUGGAGUCCUUGCACGAUCAGCUAAAGAGGCAUGUACCUCCUGAUGAACUACAUUUGAGCCGUCCUACGCAGAGUGUCCCCGUCCUACUGACGAACAUCUCAACUUUACCUAAUUUGACGUUAUGGAGGACACUGGAAGAACAAAAACGACAGGGCGAGGAAGAUGACAAAUGGCUGGAAGAGCAAGGAAGAUUUGGCAUCAUAUGA